AUGAGGAUCUCACCACUUGCAGUCAUCUGCACCCUUCUCAACUUUUCCUCGGCAGCACCAGCUACCGACCAUGAUGCACAAAGCUCACUUUCAUUCGCCUACAUGUACGGCUUCCCGCUUUACUCGUUCGGAGACGUAGCAAGGCCUUUGCUUGCCGCAGGAAUCCCACUGAAGCCCAACUUCAUCCUCCCCUCACCAAAGCCAAAUGAACCUGGUGCCGUUGGCGUCGUGCGACCCAAUGCUGAUACCAUGUAUUCCAUCAUGUUCAUCGACUUGUCAACCAGUGAUCUUCGAGUCACUAUCCCCGAGAUUCCCGAGGGUCGAUACUGGGUCUUUCCCUUUACCUCACCUUAUGGCGAUGACUUGGUCAACCUUGGCAAUCUCGACGGCAGCAAGCCCGGCGACUACCUCGUCAAGUACAACUCCAAGAGCUACGGCCUAGACACCGACAAUGUACCAGAAGGCUAUGUUGGCGUCGUCAAUUUCCCCAUGCCAUACGGACUCGUCAGUUCCAGAAUCGUCACCGACCGCACAGAUGAAGAUGUCGCCAUUGUCAACAAGCUUCAAAAGGGCUUCCGCGUUCGUCCAGUCCCUAGAUCUUCAUGCAAGCCUGCUGCUCCAGCACUCGACCUCUCCAUGUUUGCCAAGCCCGAGUACACAGCCGGGAACCAAUCACUUUACCAAGCAGUCAUGAACACUGCUGCAGCCCUCACCCCACACCUUCCUCCCUACAUUGUCGACGAUCGCAAGUCUGUCGCCAAGGAUCUCAAGAAGGCUGGCUUCAAGGACGGAAAGUUCAUUCAACCACCCGGUACGAACUUGACCGCCGCGGUGCAACUUGCCAACUCGGUUUCAAAGUCCUUUGCUUCUCGACCAGAUGUAUCAAAGGAUGUCGGUAACGGCUGGUCUCUCAUUGCCGAUCGAUACAUUGGCCGAUUCGACUCCUACUACAACAUGCGAUACGAGAUUGCCGUCACUGCCUACCUUGCACUGACGCAAUCAGAAUGCGCUUACCCAUCGUAUGGGUCAUUUGACGAGACGAUCUCCGUCAAAGAGGGCGAAUCUAUUGUCUGGACAUUCAGUGCACCCCCGAAGAUUCGAGAGGGUGGUUUUUGGAGUCUUACCGCUUAUGGACCUAACCAGGAUCUCAUUCCCAACGAGCAGGACAAGUAUAUGGUCGGAGACAGAAGUAACUUGACUUUCCCUGAUGGAACUUCGAUUGCAAAUGGUGGUGAAGGGUUUUUCCAGGUUUUGCUUCAGGAUUCUGAUGUCGCGCCUCCCUCGAACUGGACCAACAACUGGCUACCUAUCACUCCUGGAGGUGGAGAUAUCUCAAUUACUAUGCGAUGGUAUGGCGCCGAGGAGGAGAUGGUGGACGGGACUUAUGUUUAUCCCAAGAUGGAUCUUGUCGAUGCUAUCACACAAUGA